AUGACCAGCCUGUGCCCUGAUACGCAAUCCUCGGCGGACUCGGCAGUCGAGCUCGUGACAGACCGCCUUGAGACCCCCUCGCUGGAUGACCGGUCAUACCGAGUGAUCCGUCUCUCGAACCAGAUCGAAGCCCUUCUGGUGCACGAUCCGAAGACAGAAAAGGCCAGUGCUGCGAUGGACAUCAACGUCGGGAGCUUUAGCGAUGAAGAUGACAUGGCCGGAAUGGCUCACGCAGUCGAGCAU